GUUUACGUAGCUAAUGUACGAAAGGAAGGAGACUUGGUGUACCUUAUACACUCCGUGGAAAUCAACAGUGUUCUUCAUUCAACACAGUGGUACAGUUCGCCAUAUUCUUUCGACAAGGAGAUGCUUGGUAAGCUGCUUGAGGAAGAAAAGGGGAAAAUCAGACAUAAACUAGAGAAGUUUGCAGAACUUUUAAAAAAUGCUUCGUGUGACGGUACAGUGAAGAGUAUUCACUCGGAGUCGCCCGGCGAGGGUAUAUGCAAAGCUGUCACUGAAAUCGGCGCUUCCAUGAUUAUCAUAGGCACUCGAGGAAUGGGAAAAGUGAGGCGCACGUUGCUGGGAAGCGUUAGUGACUACGUCCUUCAUCAUGCGCACGUGCCUGUGUUAAUUUGCAGGCACGAGAGCGACCACCAGCCUCAGCAACACGCUAAAAAGCAAUAAGAAUUGCUCCCGCCAAUGUUAUGUACACGUGUUAAGUUAACAUAUUGGUAGAAAUUAUCAUCUUGAAAAUUAGCUUGUUUGUUCUUUAAAAUGAUUAUGAUUGAAAGCUAGAAUAAUGGAACAGACUAUAAAUUGUUAUACUAUGUAAGAUUCUGGACACAGCGAGGUACGAGCUUGAAUGUGUCGAAGUCAUAUUGAACAUUAAAUUUUUUGUCUUUAAACUGGUUCAUAACACAUCAUUUCAACCACUUAACCGAAAAAAGUCAUUAUAAGAUUAAACGUAUAGUUUUUAUAUGCGUUUGAGUUACAUCUGCAUUAUAUACAUACAAGCGAUAGGCAGAUGAUCAACUUGCAGUUUUAUCAGGUAUCACAUAGUUUAUUCUCCUCAGCCUUGAAAGGUUGAUUUUUUUGCAUUUUAUGUAUGGUUGCAACAUAAAGUGUUUUGUAACAGUUCGUAAACCGAACGUAUCUGAAUCAGAACACCAGAUUUCAAAGUAGUUUGCAGUAAAUGGGACAUAAUAUCAAGUCAUUUUCAGGCGUAAAUAUUGAAUGAACUGAUGUAUUUAAAUGUAUUCAAGUGAAUUAUAUUAUGCAUGUACAUUAUUGUAAUCUAUACGUAAACGUGUGUAUAAAUAAAUAAUCAAGAGAAGUUAUAUAUGUAUUAUUUACAUAGCGAUUAUAUUUCAUAGUUUUUAGGUUGUACAUGUUGCAAUAUAUGUUGGUAUGUAUGUAUAGAUGUAUGUGCGAGUCAGUACUGUCGUCAUUCUCAAUCUAUUUCAUAUUAUGAUUUUUUUUCAUAUGACCUAAUAUUCAGCUAUUUAUUUAAUAUUUAAGCUGUUUAUAUGAUAGUUUAGCUCUUUAUAUCGAAUAUUUCAGUUGUUUAUUUAGAUAUUUCAGCUGUUUAUUUGAUAUAUUGCUGUCUGUUUAAUAUUUCAGCUGUUAGUUUCAUAUUUCAACCUUUUAGACUAAUAGUUGAUAUAUCAGCAAUUUAUAUUUAAUACAUCAUCCGUUUAUUUGAUACCAUUUCACAAAAUACCUCAAGCAAACAGUAACAUAAUUUUUAUAUGGUUAAGUAGACCUUGAAAAACGAAAAAUUAUCUUUUUUUAAUGGACGAAAAGUGCAGUAAAGUAUGAAGGCCCGGUGGUGACUUCACGUUUCUAACUUUACAAUUCUCAAUUUUGAUUCACACAUUUCUCGCUUCUCUUUUCGUAGUAUCUGUAUGUUUUUAGGUUCAUGUUUCUAUUUUUCUAUUACAAGACGACCAGUGUACACAGUAUUUAUCGUAAAAUGUUUUCCAUUGUUAGGUUUUAGUGACAUUCCGUUCAUCCGAUUGUUGUCAAAAUUUAGUAUUUUUAAAGAUAAAUGAAAAUAUAUGUACCCAAAAGCGUAACUGAACGUAAAUCAACUUAGUAUAUUGCUUCGUGUAACGAAAUUCCCAUUAGAAUACAAUUAUUUUUCAUAAAAAAGUUUACAUCUUGAUCCGUCAGAGGUUUGAGAUGGUCUGAACACCAACACGGGACUCAUGGAAGACCUUGGUCAUGCGAGAAUGCAUGACAAUGUUUGGAAGAUAUUUCCUGUCACAGGUGUAUGGUAACUUCUUUGACCAAUUUUCAUACUUUUGCUGACCAACAUAGAACUGGAUAUUAGCACCGUAACGGCUAGGACGCCGGGAUAACUAGGCAACACACUUUGUGGUCCAUUAAUUUUAAAUUAAUUUACAAUGUACGUGAAAAUUGACCAAUGCAUAUUUGUUUGUAUACUUGAGAGUGUGUGUUAUUCAUUACUUUUGAAAUAUUGUAAAGUAUUAGGUUCUGUGGUCUGUAGAAGAUUUAAUUGCUGCAUUGUGUGUAAUGGUUGACUGUGUAAACCAUUAAAAGGAUGUAAACAUGUUUUGUAUUUAGUUGAAUCGUGUAACUUGUCACGUAAAGAAUUUGCUACAAGUUCUUUUGUAAAAUUAUACAGGUGUAAUAGCAGGCACAGGUAACAUCAUACCCUAUAUUCACAGAUAAUUAACAUUACAUUAAUCCCUCUAUGGUUAUUUUAAAUAUAUUAGGGAGUUUUCACCAGCGUAAACUUGCGCAAAUACACAUGCUAUCUCGCCAUCUUGUCAUGCUUUGCAGUGUUUUUCAACACUAUGUUAUAUUGAUGCUUUGUCAAUGACCCUUUUGAGGGUUUUAAUACAAAUAAACAUUCUUCUUCAUUAUACCUGGUAUCGAUGUCAAAUGCAUGUUUUUUCGGGGCUUUUGAAUAGUGUGCAGACUUAGAUCUCUUCAUACUUUUUGUGCGUGAUAGUGCGUGUAUGUAUGUAUAAGUUGAAAAUGCAUAUUUUUAUUUUAUACAUUAUAAAAUAUUACAAAUAUAUUGAAAACAGUUAA